AUGACAAGAUGUUUUGACGUUUGCUACGCGGUCGUUUUACUCAAGGAGGUUUACCGAUGGGCGGCGGACACACCAAAAUUUCAUUUCACCGACAACGUGGCCGGCAACUCUGUGGACUGGGCACUCGGCGCUUACAUAAGUCUCGUACCGACUGUUUUUUUCAGAAGUGAUUUGCACUUUUACACAAAUUGAUGCGGCAACAAUUCGUCUCCUACAGAGUUCGUUGUCCAGUCUCGCAUUUAUGGAACAGAAGCUGAAGUGGCCAGUCGUGAGUAAGUACUCCCCGUUUAUUGUCAGCCCUUUUCAUGCUGGCUUCAUGCAUUUUUCGACUCAGACAGAAGUUUUUUUGCUCAUAUCUUCCGAAGAGGACCCUUUCAAAUUUUGCAACUCUCUUCGAUUUGAGAGAAGCAUUGAGAAAUUUGUGCAACGCAGGUAGCAAACGGAAGGGGAUCAUCUUCUUCCUCGGCAGCCGUCAACCCCUCGGACCGCGAGAGUUCGUCGUACUGGCUACCGAAUUUAUUCGCCGCCGCACUGGUGAGCGGUUUCUUGCUGUGGCUCUUUCGAAAAAUGGUGUGGAAAACCGCGAGCGGGGAAGACCGGACGAUGGGCAACAGUGUAAACGACAUGAGCCAGUUAUCCUGAGGAAAAAUCUUCCCUCUACUCCACAUUGAAAGCGGUCAAAUGGUGCUUAUUUGGGUACGUAAGUGCACAGUUUGCAAGGAAGAGCGACAGCAAGCACUUGACACUGCAAGAUCAAGCUGGUUUGUGUAAGUGCACAAAGCGACGCGUGUCAUAUAUCUUCCUGAGUAGCCUUCGCCUUUGUAGCGCAAGCGACAUCUACUUCAGGCUUGAUGAUUAUUUUCAGUGGAUCUCUUUCGGCUAGCCCCUCUAAAGAGGCUAAAAUAGAAUAGAGUAAUCCGCUCCCGAAGGCAAAGCAUGAGCAUCACCCCCCCCCCCCCUAAGUACUGUGAGGGGGCAUUUUUUCUCUCAACGCCAGUUCUCAAGUAAGGAUAUCGAAGCCGGAUGGGACGACGAGCUUCGUGGGCUGAGCAGCAGCGGAACAAAAGAACUACCUGACUUGGUCGGAAAUACUCUGGUACCAAACCGGAGCUAUUAGCUGACUGCACGACCCGAGAGAUGACUCGACUCCUGCGUCUUGGUGGGACAGAACUUGCACCUGUCGGAUGUGUUGUAGGUCUUGAUAAGCGGAAAAACCUUUUUUGUACUUACCCCGAGAUAAACGUAAACCCUGAUACGAACUUCGGGCCUUGGUAUCCGCUUCUUCCAAUGGAGGUACUUACUUACAUGGGGGUCCGCCAGAUCCCAUUGAAGAGAGUGUCAAUUCAAUAUAGUGGAAUGUACAGAUAUUUGCACGCUUGUAGAGAACAAAGGUUUGUUUUCAUUUGCUCCACUGGGCAAAGGGUUGUCUGUUCCAGAAAUGAAUCUCCG